UAUGACGAUAUAUUGAUGUCCAAUAAAUUUAUUUCGCAAGCUGAAUAUGAAUCUGUGAUAAUCAUUCCAACAUUCACUUAUCCGAACGGACCCAAAAAUCUCGAACAACAAAAUGUCCUCAGAAAUAACCAUAUCAUUCGAAAAAUCGGUGGAAGCGCCAACUUUGUUAACGAUUGGAUCGCGUAAAUCACGUUUGGCCAUGAUUCAAACACAUAUGGUUAUUGAUGCACUCAAACAUCAUUAUCCAAAAUGUGAAUUUGUAGUGAAAAAUAUCGAUACAACUGGGGAUAAUAUUCUUGAUCGUCCAUUGGCCAAAAUUGGUGAAAAAGCGUUAUUCACUCGUGAGCUUGAAGAAGAAUUAUUAAAAGGGACAAUCGAUAUAAUUGUACAUUCUCUCAAAGAUAUGCCCACUACAUUGCCAGAUCGAUGUUGUAUUGGUGCAAUAAUGCAACGUGAAGAUCCAAGCGAUUCAUUAGUACUUCGUGAGGAUUUGAUUCAUCUAAAUAAGACGGAACAAAACAUGAAUAUCAAAUAUAUUAUAGAUGAUUGUACGCAACAUGUACAAACAUUUGGUACAUCUUCAUUGCGGAGAAUUGCUCAACUUCGUAAUUUAUCUCAGAAUGUAUCCAUAAAAGAUGUUCGUGGAAAUUUAAACACCCGGUUAGAUAAAUUAGACAAUCACCCUAAAUACGGUUAUGACUGUUUGAUAUUGGCCACUGCUGGCCUUAAGAGAGCUGGAUUUAACGAUCGUAUAAGCUUAAGAUUAACCGACGACAAUUGGUAUCAUGCAGUAUCACAAGGUGCAUUAGGUAUUGAAUGUCUUGCUGAUGAUUACCGAAUGCAACGAAUUCUUCAUCCGUUAGUCAAUCCGCGUGCAGUAUUUGAAUGUACAUCUGAACGGGUACUGAUGAAAUGUUUGGAAGGAGGUUGUUCAGUACCAAUCGGGGUACAAACAGAAUGGUCUAACAAUGAGAGAUGGUUGUUAACAUUAAAGGCCAAAGUUCUUAGUACGGAUGGAAAGCAAUCGGUCCAAGGUGAACAAACAGAAGAUCUGGACAAUCAAAAUGUACCGAUAAACGAAACGUUUGAGCUUUCAGACUUUACUGACAUAAGAAUUUCAGAGACCGAUAAUCAGUUUGAAUGUCGGUUACAAAAUUCUGUGCGACUUGGGCGUUCUGUUGCUAAGAAGCUUAUUGAUAUGGGGGUUAAAGAUAUUUUAAAACGUUCUUAGUAAAAGCAUCAUUUUUUAUUAGAUUUUUAUUUUUAAUCAAGAAUUAAUAACAUUGAAAAUUAUGAAAAGAAAGCUUAUAAUUUGAAUGAA